AUGGCCGUCGUCUUGCACACCACAGUAGGGGACCUUCCGGUGCUGCUCCAUUAUCUGACAUGCCCGCUCGCCUCCUUUAACUUCCUCGCGCUCUGCGCCUCGGGUUACUACGACGGGUGCACCUUCUAUCGGCACUUCCCUGGCAUUCUGUUGCAGACUGGUGAUCCGACGAACACAGGAAAAGGCGGCGAAUCCAUCUUUGCCAAGCUGCCCCCUGUCGCCAAUGCCGCUGACGGCGACGAAAAUGGUGAUACGGUGUCAUCGGAGGCCGCGUCUGUAGCCGCCGCUGGCAUCCUUCCGGGACGGUACUUUCGCGACGAGGGCUUUGGUGUCACCACUCACGCACAGCGCGGCACCCUCUCCAUGGCCCACAAAGGCACCAAGGCGGACACGAACGCCUCCCAGUUUUUCAUUACUACCAGUCCGCAGCCAUCGUUUGAUGGCUUUUACACUGCCUUCGGCGUGGUGGACCUGAACGGUGUCUACUCGGCUUCUGAGGCCGCCGUGGUGGCAGAGGUGGCGAGCGCCACAGAAGGGGCGGUGGUCGAAAGCUCUUUAGCCACGCCUGAGCCGGAAGCAGUUGGCGACGCGGCGCCAAAGUGUGGCGACGCCGUGCUCACGGCAUUGGAGGUUGCUUCCGCAAAGGUUGACGAAAAGAACUUUGUCCAACUCGCGUCCCGCGUUCGCAUCAAAAACGUCACCGUUCUCUACAACCCCUUCGCUGAGGGAAAGAUGAAGCUGUAG